AUGUACAAAAAGCAUAUUCCAGAAUUCAAUGGAGACGUAUCCAAGAUUUCACUACCUAUAGUAAAGUUUCCACCAUUUAAGCUGAGAGCUUUACUAAUUGAAAAAGACCCCGUCGUUUGGCUACACUGUUUGGAAACCUAUGUCAUCUAUCUUCAGUAUCUAAUGGAUCAAAACAAUGUUGAGAAACUUGAUGAUUCAACUCAUAAUGAGCUCUGUAUUUUUGUGAAAAGUUAUAUCUCCGAAAUGGCGGAAGAAGAAGGGAGACUACUGAGCUUGGGAAUGAAUCAUGAGGUAUCUCAGCAAUUAUUCCUUUUGAGAGUUUACAUCUUUCUUCUGAUAAAAAAAUGUGGACUGCUGUAUCUGCAACUAUUUAACGAAUCUCUCUGGGACGUUAUCAAAUUCUACGUUGGCAAGAAUCCCGACACUGUCAGAGCACUAGUCCUUGGAACUUUGAAACCACAAAUUAAUACGCAAAAAGCUCAGCUAGAUAGAGUUUCGCAGAUACAGUAUUACCUGAAGCAUAGAGUUGAACAAGGAAAAUUCACAAGAGUUGAUUUGAAAGCGUUUGAGGCGCUAUUGAGUCAAAAGUCCCAGCAACCAAACCUACUCCCCAGGGAGUUCUUGACGACCUUGUGGAUUGAAACCCUGGAAUCCUGGUGGGCUAAGGGGAAAGGAAAGUUUAGUGCUAUCGCUCAACAGCUGUUAAUUGUUUCACUAUUGUCGGCUUCUGUAGGUGAUAUUUGUGAAACAAUUGAACAGCUAGGAAUAAGCAAUAUAGAAACUUUAUCAUUAUAUUCACUGUUUGGCUCCAUACUGUUAAAUGAAUCUUUUCAAAGAGAAAUUCCCGCAAUAGUACCCAAACUCCAUUUUUUGCAAUUCACGAAUUAUAAUGAUGAAAUGAUUGAAGGGGCAAAUACGGAGGUACAUUUCGAGGCUAUUUCCACUUUGCUAGAGCUUUUUCCUAAUCUUACCAAAGCACAGAUUUCGCGGCUGCUUAGUAAAUAUGAUGGGAAUGUCCAAUCGGCCACAAAUGCUGUGCUAGAAAAUCCGAAUUUUGCUAAUGAAAUGUCCACUGGUGAAUUAAAUAAUGUUGAUGAAGAAACUCCCGAAGAAUCAGGUCCAUCAGACGAAGAUUUAGAGCUACAGGAUCCGAACGUAAACCCCCGUAUGAAUGCAACCAAGGGCGCAUCGAAACGAGUACCGGAUGAGCUGAAAAAUAAUAUAAUUACCAGGGCACUGAAUUUGCUUUACGAAAAGGAUGAGGACGAGUACGAUGAUACUUAUGACGAGGCUGAGGCAACGACGGGGUCAAAAGGACAGCCGAGUUAUACUAAUGCAGAUGUCGAUGACAGUACUUCGGCUUCUGAGCACAGUGUAUCGAGAUACGAUAAAAUUGAAGGUAUUCUGUGGGAGUUAUUGAAGCAAGAUAGUAGUCUUUUCGCGAGAGAAAAGAGGGGCACCAAAUCUAGAAAGGAUAUUAGACAGAGAACAGGUUGGUCUGACGAACAAAUAGAAGGCUGGGCCAGAAUGUUGGAGAGAUCGCCCCAAAGAGCUAGGAUACUAGAAGAGAAGUUUAUGUUCAAAGGUAACGAGAAGACAGGUAAAACAGCAUACGUAAAAAAUAGGGACAAUAGUCAGCUGGCUGAAAGAGGAGCGGAUAAUCAGAAACCUGCUGUCACAAAGUAUGAGACUCCAAUGGCUAAAAAGAGGCAACAGGCGAGAAACGAAAAACAUAAAAGCUCCAAAGGAAAUCAUAAUCGUAAAUCUGGUCACGACAAAAAAAUUUACAAAGCUUCCGCCUAG